AUGUAUAUAUUGGAGGACUACUUCCGAGAAUUGAAUUGGCAAGCCAUCUCUUGCGGGCUAGCCCACCUCCGCCCGGUGGGGGCCAGAUCAAGAUGGUCCCGAAAUAGUAAAGCUCUCACCAGACUCUUAUUAAGGAAAAGAGGAGGAUGGAUGUGGAUCCUCGAAUCCAUAGAGGACUAUGCCGCAAUCAUCACGCUUGAAUUAAAGUGGGAGAGCGAGGACGAAACAAGCAGUUUGAAAGAUCUGCUCAUCUCGAUGGAAUGUGCCCUACACACUGACGCGAAGAUGGUGCCAACAAUACCAAGCGUUCUAUAA